UUGUCAGUUUCACAAAAAAAAAAACUAUUGGAAAUGUCUCAAAAUAAUUCUGGUUCGCGAUUGCUUGAGGAUUUUAAAUUACGUUCGUUCUUGGGCGUUGGUGCAUUCGGAGCAGUUAUCAAGUGCCAGAAACUACUUGAAUCGAAAGAGUAUGCGAUAAAGGUGACAUCAGGAGACGCUUUGCAAGAGGUGCAAACUCUUGUUAGUAUUCCGCCUCACAAAAAUUUGGUUCAGUACAUCACAUGUUGGAAUGACCGAUUCUCUAAAGCCGAUAUACAGGAAGUAAAAAAAAUUGUUGGAACGAACAAUCAAGCUAUCGAUUGUUUCAGUGAUCCAACAAAGAUUCGGCUUUGCAUUCAAAUGGAGCUUUGUGGUGAGAGUCUUCGUACUUGGCUGUUGACACACCAAUCAGUUGAUGAAAAGAAGACAAUUGGUUUGUUCAUGCAGAUGGUCGCGGGGAUAGAGCAUAUUCAUAAGUCUGAUAUUAUUCAUCGUGACCUGAAACCAGAAAAUAUUUUUAUGGGAAUUGACACAGACUCCCUUCUUAAGAUCGGUGAUUUUGGUAUAGCAACGGAACACAAAUUGAAUCAGUCAGCAGUCCAUACUCAAAAUGUCGGAAGUCCCGCUUAUCUUGCUCCUGAACAGCACACCGGCCGAUAUAGUAAAGCCGUUGAUUUGUAUGCUUUGGGAGUGAUUCUGUAUGAAUUACUCUACCCUGCGAUGCAGCCUGCCCCAUGCGCCAAAUGGUCGCAAAUGAUUACUGACUUAAAGCAAAACAAAACGAUUAUACAUUCGGUGAAAAACAGAUGGCCAACAACAACCGAUCUCAUACUACAAUUGACAUCAUUCCAUCCAAGAGAUCGACCGUCAUUCAAUGAAAUUUAUCGUACAUUUGUAGUCCCAAGUAGUUCGAAACGACAGCCUAGUGGAUCGAGUCAAAAUUCUAGUGGAUCCAAUCGUCUUUCUAGUGGUCACCAAGCUUCUUCUAUUACCACAAAGCCAACAGUAAUCCACAAGGGCAUUACUUGCGAUGGCUGUGGUAAGGAAAACAUAGAAGGAAUUCGAUACAAAUGUACCGAGUGUGAGGAAUAUAAUUUGUGCGAAAGUUGUGAGACUAGAACUGGGUUGCAUCCACAAAGCCACAUUUUCAAUAAGAUAAAGGUACCAGGCAGCUAUAAAAAUUUAAACAGCCUUUUCGCUGAUAUGAACAAAUUGAGCUUGACGAAUACGCCAAAACCGUCUUAUCAAAAUAACACUCAACCCACACCGCCUUAUCAAAAUAAUCCUCAACCCACACCGCCUUAUCAAAAUUACCAUCAACCCACACCGCCUCAUCAAAAUUACCCUCAACCCACACCGCCUCAUCAAAAUUACCCUCAACUCACACCGCUUCUUCAACUCACACCGCCUUAUCAAAGUUACCCUCAACCCACACCGCCUUAUCAAGAUUUCCUUCAACUCACAACGCCUUCUCAAAAUUACCAUCAACCAACAUCAUCAUAUUCACAACCAAGCACCUGGUGCUUGACACAACAGGAUGAAGAUGACGACGAUCAAGAUGACUACGAUGAUGGUGACGAUGAUGAAGAUUACGAAUAUUCCAGCUAUUCGCGAGGGGCCGUUUGCAAUUAUUGUGAUAAACACGUUCAAAAAUGGUAUCAAUGCAAAGAUUGUCCACGUACCAUUGAAGGUUACUUUGAUUAUUGUUCCCAUUGUUACCACAAAACUUCGGGAAGCCGGUAUGAUCACACUCGAUAUCACCGCUUUCGCAAAUAUCGAUGCUGAAUCA